AAGAUUUCAUUUUCAAGUAUUUCAACGGUUUUGCGUCUAAUCUUGGCGUUUGGCGAAUUUUAACUUGUUACAUCAUAAAAACUUUUUAUUUACACAAUGAACCCGCUAAACUACAUAAGUGACGAAGAAUUCCUGCCUUUCCUCCAAAGUUUGGAAGUAGAUAGCGACAGUAAGUCCUUUGAAUGGAUGUUCAACGAUCCUGAGCUUUCUGGAAUCUUGCAGUGGCUUUAUAACAGUUUGGAUCACUCCAAUGCUUUAACUGCUCGUGAAAAAUACAGAUAUGCAGAAGUCGAGCAGCACCUCCUUUCUCCUGAAGACCUGGACAGCUACAUAUCUUCACUACAAGAAGAGUUCCCGGGUCUUUGCCUACCCGGAGACCAGGAGUCGCUGCAGGCGGCCAAGAUAGAUGUUCAGAUGCAGAAUCAGAGGCUGAAGAUGUUGGAGAAACAGGAGGCGGUUGUUAAGGAUCUUGUUAAGAAGAAUGACCUGGCAAAAGAAGAGCUAAGCCGAGAAAUCACCAAGCUAAACUCAGCACAGCACCAGUUAGCCCAAGAUGAGGCAGCAUCAGCAGAAGAAUGCAUCUCAUUGGCUGGAGAGCUUGAGAUGCUCACUGAUGGUGUAGUUGAUAUUAUUGCCGAUAGCCUCAGUUUAUAUGCCAGCGCACAUGGGGAUAAGGAAAUAGCAAAGAAGUUUCUAAGCUUCGGUCCGUUCGAGUCAUACAAGCAAGCGCAGACACUAUACGCGUCUCACUUCGACUUGUACGUGUCCCGCAAGUUCAGUAAGAGACAGAACGAUGCCGUCACUGAUGGGGAUCUACGGUGCGCUCUAGUCGAAGCAUCCGUUAUGGGAGAGAGAUUAUCCAGUGCAGCGUUGGCGUAUAUAGACGCUAAGGCGGAGCUGUCGGGCGAACAAGCGAAACUCGCUCUAGUUGCCAACUACCAAAACGUACAUCCCAGUAGAAUUGCACAUUUAUCGCUAGAAGAGCAAGCUGCCUUAGACCUAGAACAAGAAGAACCUAUUGUGGAACAACAAAUACAAGAUGCAGUCAAGGAUUUUGUAGAAGGCCGUACCAGAUUAGUUGCAGGAACCACUGCGACGUCUGCUUUGGCUGUUAGAGAACGAAUUCACUCGGACCUAAGCCACCUCCUCGACGUGUCGCAGCAGGCCUUGUGUCUCGACCGGACACUAUACUACUGUCUGCGCGCGGCUUUGCGUAACGUUCAGGAUUUUUUACAACUGUCGAGUCAGUUGAAAGAGUAUUAUAUGUCUGAGAGUGCGGCGGCCGCUGAUAGAAUUAAAUCAAUGAACGAGAUUUGCUUCGAGCAGGAAUGCUGUGAGGCCCGUCACGACUCAGACCAACUCCUCAACACACUCUGCACUAUUCUCAACGUCAAGUCAAAUGAUUCGUUACUGCUGAAUAAGAAUUAUUGUGAACUGAGAGCGGAGAUCCUCGCCUUAAGAGAAAGUCUUUAUGAAGGCUAUGAAAGUCAGGAACAAGCGUGCCUUGACUUCCAAAACGCCACCCUACCACUUCGCAACUACAUCUGGGACGGCUGCAGCAAGCUCCCCAACUGCUGGAACACGUCGGUGGCCGCCAUGACACAUAACUUGCAGCAGACGAUGGAGCAGGCCGAGAGGAAAGUGACCAAGGCUAGCAGCGACUUCUCCUCUAUCAAGAAUGGCGACAAGCGGGGUCUCCGUAAGCUGUGGCAGUACUAUAUGGCCGAUCAAAAAAAGUUGGCGGCGGCCAUGAGAGCGGCGGAAACUGGGAGCUCCUGUUAGUACUUCUGUUACUAAAAAGAUAAAGAUAAGAUAAAGAUAGUUUAGUUACGUAACUUUAAUAGGGAAGAUGGCUUUUCACUACCACCAGCUUGGGAUCCUGUAGUCCAUCUGAAAAGAUGUGUCUAUGUGUAAUCGCUUACCAUCAGGUGAUCCGUCUGCUCGUUUGCCUCCUAUUUCAUAAAAAAAAAUGAAUGUGUUAUAAGUGGCAAUGUCCGUUUUAACGAGUAUCCUGAAAACCCUACUUUUUUUUUAAUACUACGUCGGUGGCAAACAAGCAUACGGCCCGCCUGAUGUUAAGCAGUCUCCGUAGCCUAUGUCCGCCUGCAACUCCAGAGGACUUUCAGAAUGUUUUUAAUUUUUUUUUUCUUUAAUUUAGUACUUUUUAACAUUACUAUUCGUAAUAACAUUCCAAGGGAUAGGUGGAUCUGGAUACAUUCUUUCAUGUCUUACCAUGUUGGUUGAAUAAAUUUUGUCGACUCUGUGCUUAUCAAAGUAAUUUAAAUCCACGCAUUUGAUUAUAUUGAUCAUAAAAAGACAUUCGGUUUUGUAAAUUAUGUUUAAUUUAAAUAACUAUGUAACAGUAUAAAAUUCUCAAAUAAAUACUAAUUUUGAUCACGA